AUGUUAGUGGUGCUCAACGCCCGUCUGUGCACGCUUUGGGCGUUGCUUGCCGCUCUGCUGUUUGUCGGGGCGCCGCCAGUCCGUGCUGCAGCCGCUGUCAAGCGCGACUUUUCAGAGGGACAGAUAGACAACGGAGAGGCACUGUCACAGCUCAGCACAGAAGCCCUGCAAAGUUCACAGCAGCUUCAUAAGAGACUUGUUGCCAGGGGAGCCAAUUCUGGCUGCACAGUGGAUAAAAUCCGCAUUCGAAGAGAAUGGCGCACUCUGCCGAAGAGUGAGCGUAGAGCGUUUAUUGCGGCCGUCAAGUGUCUCCAGAGUUCACCAAGUCUCCUGGAUCCUGCUGUUGUUCCCGCUUCCAAGACGCUUUGGGACGACUUUGUGGCCAUCCAUCUUUUCCAGACAGGAAACAUCCAUCUGACUGCCACAUUCCUCACCUGGCACCGCUACUUCACGUGGACAUAUGAGCAAAAGCUGCGAGAUGUCUGCGGCUACAAAGGGACCUUCCCUUACUGGGAAUGGGGACUCGAUGUGCACAAUCCAGCUGGCUCGCCUGUCUUUGAUGGCAGCGAUACAUCACUCAGCGGCAACGGAGCGUAUUCUCCUCACGAGGGACUAUGGAUCACUCAGGCAUUCAGUGGUAAUGUCCUAAAAUUGCAACCUGGUACUGGCUCUGGCUGUGUCACAUCGGGCCCUUUCAAGGACCUUAAGGUUCGUCUGGGCACCGUCGUCAUGCCUCAGUACGGCAACCCAAACUGGACCGGCUCGGCCAAUCCUCUCGGCGAGGGCAACGAGCGCUGCCUCAAGCGUGAUCUUAAUGCCUGGGUGGCGUCGGCAUUCACAUCAUUUCGCAACACCACGGAGCUGAUCUUGGAGAACAACAACGUCGAGAUGUUCCAGGCGAUCAUGCAGGCCGAUGACCGGUACGUGGUCGGCCAGCUCGGCGUCCACGGCGGAGGCCACUACACUAUCGGCGGUGACCCAGGCGCGGAUCCCUUCAUCUCGCCAGGUGACCCUGGGUUUUACCUACAUCACGCACAGAUUGACCGGGUAUUCUGGAUCUGGCAGAUGCUGGACUUCCAACAUCGACAGGGGGUUUGGGGCACCAGUACGUUGCAGAACAUGCCGCCAAGUCCCAAUGUCACGGUAGAGGACACCGUCGACAUCUCGCCACUCAAUGGACCUGUCAAGAUCAAGGACUUGAUGAACACGGUCGGCGGGUCACCAUUCUGCUAUGUCUACUUCAAAGAAUCUCUCGACAUGAAGACCUCGACCUCCUUCGCCCUCCUCGGCCUCAUUGCCGGCACGGCCGUCGCAAAGACGGACCUCGCCGGCUGCACCCGCACCCAGAUGGGCAACACCUACGUCUACUACGUCCCCGACACGGGCGAGAUCUGCUCCCUGCUCGACUGCGGCGGCGGCCGCGCCCCACCCAAGACCACCGUCCCGGGGUGCGCUGCCUACGAGGGCACCGCGACGGUGACGCCCAGCUUUCUCCCGGGCUUUGGCGCCGCCGCCAGCACCUCGACCCCCUCGAGCGGUGCCUCCACCGGCCCGGCUUCGACUACGAGCGGAGUUGGCCAGGCCUCCACCACCCCUACGGCCACCGGUGGUAGUUCGGCGAGCACUUCGAGCGGCGAGGACAAGACGCAAGUGACGAGCACCGGCAUCUCGAGCAACCCUCCUGGAAAGACGGUUAUUAUUACGGGCACAAAGGAGACGACGGCGGGAACUUCGGGUGGGAGCAGUGGUGCCAGCGGUUCCAAGACACAGGGCUCGUCGGGCUCUAGCUCCUCGUCCACUGCUGGCGCUGCUGCGGUCACAGCGGCGGCCAAGGGCGCCGCUGGUCUGGUCGCCGGUGCUGUCGCAUACCUUGCGCUGUAA